GCUUUAUCACAAAGACAUAGAACAAUAUUAUUAUUAUUUUGGUAUUAUCAAAAAGAGUUACUAAAAUACCAAGGAUUAUUUUUACUCGCUAAAAUACCAUUGUGCUAACACAAAUACAUUAUAAAAACGUAGAAGAUUACAGAAUCACAGUUAAUGUCAGUAAUCUCUUUUCGACGCCUUAAAUGGUGCAGCAUCUUCAGCCGGCGUGACUAGGAAGUUUUCUUUGUUAUCGUCCCACACUCCCACGCUUUUGCGCCCAUAACCCAUCAAGACGUCCCACAGGGGACAGGGCACAUUCAAAAGUUGGUAGACGGCGUUUACGAAUUGUAUGAUGCUCACUAAGAAGACGAUCAAUGCUGUAAAUAUUGGCCUUUUACUAAUCACUAUUUUUGUUUGGUCAUAUGUUGUUGCUGCUGCUCAGAUGAUUCAUGAACAAACAUCAUCUUGUAAUUAACGAAUUAUCACAAGAGUCCUUUUACCAAUUGUUUUGUCGUGUGAACUAAACAUGGAACCAGCUGUUGCAGAAGAACCAAUUAAUCAAAAGUCAUCAUUUGAUUUCACGUUUAAAACAAAAUCAAAAGAAAUUAAUGACAUGUUAAUCAGUAUUGAAAAAAACCAAACUGAUAAUUUUCAUGAUAUUUUACAAAAAAUUAAUGAACUUCAAGAGUUUUUAAAUGAUUCCAAAACAUUUCUACCAGCUUAUAAUAUGAAAAAGUGCUCUGAUGAAAUCAAAGACAUUACUAAGCGUUAUGAACAAUUACAUGAAAAAUUACAGCCUAAGAAGAAAUUUGCUUUUGGUAAACAACCAGCUACAUCAGCAGUAGCUAAACCUAAAGCUAAAGCUGAAGACAAAUUUGAACCAGUAAAUCAAUUAAAAGUUUAUAAAGAGGACUGUGGAUUUAAAAAUCGUGCUGAUGUAAAUAAUUUAGUACUCACAGAACACGAAUGCAAUAUGAAAGAUGUAGCUUUAGAUACAUUGACUAAUUGCACUGUUCUCAUGUGUGGUACACCUAGUACUGUGCGUGCAACAUCAUUGACAAAGUGUAAGGUAUAUGUAUGUGCACAAACGUCAAUUUUUAUUGAGAACUGUAAGGAUUCGGUAUUUAUAUGUGCAUCUCAACAGUUGCGUAUUCAUGAUACAUUUGAUACUAGUUUUUAUAUUUACGUUACUAGUAGCGCUAUAAUAGAAAACUCUAAACAGUUACGAUUUGCUCCUCUUUCAUUAAACUCUGCACUACUUAAAAAAGCAUUUAGAAUGGCUAAUUUUGAUGAAUUCAGAAACAAUUGGAAAAUUGUAAAUGAUUUUGAUUGGUUGUCAUCAUAUGAAUCAUCACCAAAUUGGUAUGAAAUACCAGAAGAAGAACGCAAACAACCUAGUGAAGAAACUGAUGACCUAAUAACGGAUCAAUAGUUGACACAUUUGAUUUAACACUUUAAUAGUUAUAUUUUUUACUCUAUUUAAUUUUAUUUAAUCUACGGAUAAUUUUUUUUAAUAGUUUUAAUUUUUUUUUUUUUACUUUAAAAAAAAAACUAAAAGAUAAAUAUAUUUUUUACUACUUAAAUAAAAACUAAGGGAUAGAAAAUGUACUGCAUUGUAAUAUUAGGUCUCAAAAUAUAUUACAUAAAUAAAAAUUUACAAUAUAUUUUGGCUGAAUUCAUAAUCACAUUGUAUUCAUUUUUAAUUUUGUAAAACUAAUUAAACAAAAUUACUACAUUUUAUUUUAUUUUUAAAUCUAUGGGUUAUUGUAAAAAAUCUAAUAACCUGUAAAAUUAAUAAUAUGUAAACAACGUAAUCGAAUCACUAUUAUAUCAGACACAAAUAUUGUUUAUCAUUGAAAUAUUGAUAUGCUGGUAUGACCUAUCAUGUGUAUUGAAUAAGUAUACAUUUGGAAUAUGGCAUGUCUGUUAGAAAAUAUGAAAAAUACAUUUACGUACAAAAAACAGCUAUAAGGACAUUGCGAAAUUUACAAUUCAUGGGAACUCUGGUCUUGGAGAAGAGGAAUGGGUACCUAAAGGAGUCGCCGCACGUCUUUUUCAUAUCAAUAAUAAUCAUAUAUUUUACAGUACUUACAUGCCUCACACAGUUGUAUUUUUAUCUACUAAUUUGUGAUUUAUUAAAAUAAAAAAUCAAUUCAACUUAAA